AUGAAACGCAUCCAGAUCCACCAAAACCUCCCUCAAACCCCCAAGCCUUGCAAAUACUUUGAUCUCAUCAGCGGAACCAGCACUGGAGGACUAAUCGCAAUCAUGCUAGGAAGGCUAAAAAUGUCCACCGAAGACGCCCUCCAAAAUUACAACAGAAUCUCCAGCGUGGUGUUCAGCGCCGAGAACAAGAAGCCUUUCUACAGUGAUGGAAAAUUCAAAGCUACUACGCUGGAGAAGGAGGUCAAGAACGUUGUCCGCUGGGCUGGGUACAGCGACGAUCAGAAGCUGUUGGAUCCCAAUGCAGGGAGGAAUUCAAAAGGAAACGUGUAUGUUCCAUAUCGCGACAUCAAGCCCCUCACCAAUUCCGACAGUUUCGUAUGCUCCAUGACCGGAAUCAACCUCCAGUCUCCUCAACGCUUCCGCACAUACCAAGGACUCCCCAAUCAAGCCGCGCGCGCAACCACAGCAGCACCGACCUUCUUCAAAGCCAUCAAGAUUGUCGGACCAGGAGGGUUCGGGCCCGACUACGUCGAUGCAGGCCUGGGGUUUAACAAUCCCACCAAGGAGGUCCGAGACGAAGCCAAGGAGCUAUUCAGCAGCAACCGAUGUAUCGGCGUGUUCCUCAGCAUUGGGAUGGGCCACCCAGGCCCUAGUGGGUUCUGGCAGCCCAAAGGGAUAGAGAAGGUCCUGCCGUUGGAGCUCAUUAGGGUGUUGCAGCAUAUUACAACGGACUGUGAGAGCGUCGCAGACGAACUGGCCAAGGAAUACGGUGGUGAUGGGGUGUACUUCUGGUUCAACGUUCUCCAUGGGGCCGAAGGAGUGUAUCUGGACGAGUGGAAGAAGAUGAGCGAGGUGAUGGCGCAUACGGCUUCGUACUUGAGAGGGCUGGAGGCUUCAACGCAGAUUGAUAGGGUCGUAGCUUGCCUUGACCCUUCAGAAAGAGCUUCUCAAGGACGCAUUGGCAGAUAUUUGGAGACAUCUUUCUUUGCAUUCUCAUCGCUGGAAGGACAUCCAUCUCAGGAUGGCAGACUCUUUUGCGCCUCUUGAUGCAGUGCCAAAUGGUGGCCUCCCCUCCCUCGAGAAGCUUACUCUUAGCAUGACCAGCACCAUGCAUGACCACGCUUGCGAAGCUCUUAACGC